AUGAAGAUCACUGCUAUUUGCUCCUUCCUGGCUGCUGGUACUGCGCUGGCUAUGCCUGCCACGAGGGCCGAGAAAGCCAUUACUAUCAGCGGGCUUUUCGCUUCUCAGACUGAUCAAAAUGGAUAUGUUACCUUCAAUCUCAACGAUCCUAACUACAACGAUGUGACCGGCGCCAAUGUGAUCUGGGAUCGCCCCGGAAACCCUAUUGCAGGCGCUCGUACGAGCGACGCCGCCUACUACGUCCAAUUCCCGGGCGGUGUGAAUGAUAUCUCCGUCUUCAUCCUGCAGCUGCAGCGGGUCAAUAGCACGGAGACAGUUUCGUUCACCCUGAAUGACAAUGGAAGUGGCCAUGCCCCGGGUACCAAGUGGCUAUGCAACACGGAGACCGGCACGGUGACAUCGAAGAAGUGCCACUAUGAUGGAGUUAUCACCUUAUAA